UCCCGUUCCACCCGGAACGCUUGUUUGAUGCACAGUGACUGAGGUCGGAAAUCAGACACGUGGGAGAAAAACAGCACAAGCUGUCAGGAAAACAGCAGCUGGAAAGCCAUGGGGAAGUCCAAGCAAACAGGCAAUCACAAGAGCGACAAGAAAAAGAACAUAGCGAAGCUCUGGAAAACCAAACGGAGGACCAAGGACUUGGAUCAGAUCCAUCAUGACAUGAAGCCAGAGGUCGCGGCCAAGCUGCUGCACCAGGAGGUGGACUAUGAUGUCACUGGAAGCGCCCAGCACUAUUGCCUGCACUGCGCGCGGUACUUUGUGGAUCUGAGGAGCUUGAAGGAACACGUUAAAACCAAGGUGCAUAAAAGAAGACUGAAGCAGCUGCGGGAGGAGCCCUAUACCCAGGCGGAGGCUGAGAGAGCUGCAGGGAUGGGCUCUUACAUCGCGGCCAAGAAAGUGGAGGUGCAAACCCAGCCGUUCGAGGAGGAGACAGAGGAGAUGAAGUGAACACGUCUGCCUUUGCAAGCCCCAGUACCUGUGUUGCCGUCGUCUAGUUGUGAUAGCCUCCAGGGUGUGUGGUGUGCCCCACUAUGUCUGGUUGAGGGGUAAUAGACCUUUUUUUGUAUAAGGAGACGUGCAAUACUGCAGGUUAAGAGUGUGUUUUGUAAGAAGGGGGACCUGGUUUCAAAUACCAGUUUAGUAACUGAUGUACUAGACUGAGUGUGUUGGCAACUUACCAUACCUUAUUCAUGUGCCUAACCCCUGAUCAGCUGUGCAACUGGAACCACACUGUAUAUUAAAGGUGACGGAAUUGUUUGGCUGUCCAGCUUAAUUAUUAACAUUGCAAAGGUUACUCACCACAAAUGUGAACUGCUACAAUACUGAAUAGGGUGUGGGGUGCUGUAUGUAUGUUGUAGUGCGUGAAGAAAUGUUUGGGUAGGAUGGAUUACUGAGAAUCAUCAGAUUGUUUUAUUAUGCCUUCAAUAAUUGACGUUUAUACAUUACAGAAUGCAUCUCAGUGAUGUGAUUUGCAUAACCGUGACUCGGUCCUCUGAACAGAUCAUUUGCGUGCUGCAUUCUGCAGUGUUUAUUUUGUGUCCAGCCCUUGUAUGUGUUAAUGACCAGUCCUGUGCACCACGCAGAAAAAAAAGAAACUGUUUUUAAAAUCUAAUUUCCCAAAAAUAAAAAUAAUGAUGAUAUAUUUUUAGUCAGAUAUCUGCCUUUUAUGCUAUACCUCACACUGAUCUGUUCUUUCAAAAAAAAUAAUAAACAUGUGCACGUGUGUUACAGGUAAAGACUGUGUUUCAGAUCUAGGAACGAGUGGCUGUAAUUUGUAUGCUACUGUAUGUGAAUGUGUACAAAUAAAAGCUGCAAAAAGA